AUGAAUAAUGAAAUUCCUCAUCAUUCACCUGGAGGACAUAACGUGAAACGAUAUUAUGACAAAGUUGAAGGAUCAAAUCACCCUGCCUUAUCUGAUGAGGAAAAGGAACUAUUCGAAUGCUUUGAGAUCGUUUGUGGCAAACCACUUCAAUUGAUUUCUCAAACGCUACACAUGAUCGAGCAAGAAUCGGAGAAAUUUAAAGCAUCAAUUGUAUCUAUUCAAAAAUAUUUACAAAACGGUCGAGAGGUUCCAUUUGGACUUGCACAAUCAGUUAAAAAAGUUUUUGAAACUUUGGUAACAUUGAUUGAGCUUGAUGUACAAAUGUUUCAUCAAAACAACAAAUUUUCACCUAUUGAAUUCGUAUUCUUUUGUUGGAUCAUAGCAAAAUUUCCAGAUGUUGGGGUGAUUGUAUAUAAAGAUUAUCUAAAACGGAUGAAAGAAUAUGUUAGGAGAUAUCAUGUAGAUAUUAGAUUUAAUCAAAAUGUUUAUGCGACUUUAAGAAGAUUUGUUUCAGAGUUAGAGCAGGAACAGUAUAUGUCAGAAAUGAAUUUUUAUGGCGGUUAUGAUGCUAAUUAUGAUUCUAAUGAACCAUCAAGAAAGAGAAUUAAAACCGAACCGGCGGCACAAGAACAAAAGUAUAACAUCAAUAUAAACCCCUACAAAGGAACCGAAAAAAAGUAUAAUAUCGUUCUUAAAUUAAGUAAAUUGGCUCAAAAGGAGCAUUUUGAAUGGUUACAAAGUCGUUGUAAUAAAUAUGUUAAUAAGGUUACUAGAAGUAUUCAUAAUAUUGUUGAUAAAAAUGAUUUAAGUGAUUUUUCAGAAGAAGAUAAUUUUAAUGUGUAUAGUGGUUGGUUUACUUCUGAAUUUAUUAAUCAAGAAUUAGUGACAAGAAAUGAAGUUGAUAUAAUUGAAGAAGAUGGAGUUAUGGAAAUUGAUUAUAUGAUUCCGCGUGAUAUCCAAACUUCGAAUGUACGUGAAGGUUUAGAUCGUAUAGAUCAAAUAAAAUAUACUUUAGAUCAAAGUUAUUCUUUUCCUCAUUCAGCAGGAAGAGGUGUUAAUGUUUAUAUACACCCAGAAUUUGAAGGACGCGCUAAAUUUGGAGGUACUUUUUGUAGUGGUUGUGACAAUGAUGAUGAAAAUGGACACGGGACACACGUUGCAGCUAUCGUUGCUGGUAAAACUUUUGGAGUUGCAAAGAAAGCAACGGUAAUUUCUAUCAAAGCUUUUGGUCCUUCUGGUAAAUGUAAUAAUUCUGAAUCAAGUAUCAUUUUCUCUAAUAAUGAAAGCAUGAUAUUAUCGGGAACAUCCCAAGCAACACCACACGUUGCGGGGGUAGUUGCCCUUCUUAUUGCCAAAGAUGGUAACAAAAGUCCAACAGAUAUGUUUAAAUCAUUGGUUAAAUUGUCAACCAAAAAUGUAUUAAAAUUCCCUAAAGAAAUUACAGUUAAGGGUAGCCCAAAUAAUUUUCUGCGCGUACCUGCACCAUAA